UGCUGUACGCUCCAUCUGAUGGCGAACGCCGGGGUGGGGGUUGCCGGUCCAGGCUGGCGAGCAGCCUACGCCCUGGCUGUGGCCCUUCUCUGGCUGUGCCCACUACUGCUGCACACCCAAUCUGCGGGGACCACCGCCCAGUCUGCUGGGACCAAAGCCCAGACUGUGAGGACCACUGCCCAGCCUACGAGGACCACUCAGGCCGGGUCUGGGACUGUCUACACAGUGUGUGGGAAGCCCGUGGUGACUGGGAAGAUCUUUGGUGGCAAGGAUGCAUCUGACCAGCGAUGGCCAUGGCAGGCCAGCCUGCUCUACCAUGGCAAGCACAUCUGUGGAGCAGCCCUCAUCAAUGCCUUCUGGGUGAUCUCAGCUGCCCACUGUUUCCAAAAGUCCCAUGAGCCAUCAGACUACAAGAUCCUGCUGGGGUACCAUAAGCUACAGCAUCCCACCGAGCACAGCCUGCAGAUGACGGUAUACCGAGUCAUUGUCCACGAUGAUUUUAAUAAGCGCCACAUCAUGGGGAGCGACAUCGCAUUAUUGCAACUGCAUCAGUCUGUGAAUUUUACUUCCCAUGUCCUCCCUGCCUGCCUCCCAGAGCCUAAUGCAACAUUGCCCCUUUACACCUCCUGCUGGAUAACCGGCUGGGGAAUGAUCACUGAGGAAGAGUUCCUGCCUCCACCUUCACAACUGCAGGAGGGAGAGGUUGGCAUCAUGGACAACGAGGUCUGUAAAAUUUAUUUCCAAUCACCAAACACCAGUAAAUACUCUCUACAUGAGGAUAUGCUGUGUGCAGGGGACCUCAUUACCGGAAAGUCCAUCUGCCGAGGAGAUUCUGGAGGUCCCCUUGUCUGCAAGCUGAACAAUACCUGGUUUUUGAUGGGGCUGUCCAGCUGGAGCCUGGCUUGCCGCCAGCCCAUAAGCCCCAGCGUCUUCACCAGACUCACCUACUUCUCCAGCUGGAUCAGUAAGAAGCAGGAAGCCUCACCAAAUCCUGAUCCUUCUUCUGCUCCUCCUCAGAGCAAACCUCCUGCUUUGGAUGACUUUAAUUCUCUGGGUACUGUUCACAAGCCCAGGAGCUGCACAACCCUGGUGUUUUCACAGACUUUCCCUCUGCUGCUGAUUUCCCUCAGGGCUCUGUGACAGACCACAGGGUGACCCUCUCAAGUCGUCACCCACAAGCAUGCUUGCUUGAGUGCCAAUGGCCCCUGCAUUCUCCUAAAUCUGUCCAUCUCUGAGCUCUCCUGUCCACCCGAGGCCUGCUCUAGGACUGACAAAAUAAAAAUAAUUUAACAAC